UAAUACCCUUUCUUUUGCAGAAAUCUAUAAGCCAUUUUUGCAGUGAUCAGUGAGCACGAGUUGGCCUGCGGAAAUCCAGUUGGCUUUGUGCCGCUGACACCUCCCUUCGGGUACCCCCACCCACCUCCCACCCCCCCGGCGCUCCACUCAAAUUGGAAGCCCAAAUAUGAAGUCGAAAAGUGGGGGGUGGGGCUUUUAAAGGGGUUGCCUAGGGACGGAUGAUACUAUUGAGGGGCGGCUCUUUCGUAGCGCUGGCGCUUAGUUUUCAAUGUGAAAAUUGAGAAAAAUUGCCAAACGAGUUGGUAAGCGAUAUUCUCGGCUCCGCCUGCCGUUUGGUCCGAUGCCAGGUGGAUGCAGUUUGGCCCAUUGUUGGCACACCUUGGCCCGAGCCAACUCCAUCUUUCCCAGCCAGCGGCCCGCCUCUCCACUCACUUAUUGUUAGUUUCGCUCGCUUUGUUUUGACAACUUCUGGAGGAAUGCUCUGGGAACUGAACGCUUCGUCAAAUAAAAACGAGAAUUUUUGGCUUCAGUUUACUUCCGUUUGCUUUGACUGCCUGCUAUGCCGACACCGCCCCUCGCCCGCCACCCGGCAAUUGGAGACCCAAGAAGCUGCUGGCAGCCAUAAAAUUACGAUCCAGCAGAGAGCAAAUGACGCAAAACAGUCGCACGGACAUGGCCAAGAGCCUCUGAGCCAAAAGGGGCUGGGGCAGCAACAACACGUUCCUUGCAUAAAAAUCGUGCAGGCCAUGCUAAAAACGUUUAUCCCUUUUAGCCCCAAGUUUGGCUCCGUAGGAGUCCUGCCAGCUCCCUCAGAACAAUGGCGGAGAAACACUGUGGAAAAUCAGUUGAAAUCCAUAUUCUUAAAUGGGUUUAUCGAUUUGGUCGAGUUAAAGAAACAGGUGGCCCGAAUUUCUCCCUGUGCACUAAAAGAACAAUUUCUUCGUCUUUAGUUUCAAUGGCCCCCAGGACGGACCGAAAACCAUUUUAAAUGGAACGUAAGCCGAGACUGAUGGCCAGCAGUGGAAUACGAGGAGCGGGGACAAGGGCAGCAGUAGGAGUGGGAGUGGCGGGCAGAUAAAUGCCGCAUCAUUGGUUAUUUAUAUGCGUGCGGAUCUCAGGUGGAUGGCCCUGGCCUCAAACGAUAUAUUUAUUUGAUUUUAUUGAUAUACAAGCGGGCGUAAGUAGUGCAUAUCCAUCUCGGCCGGCCAACGAGUGGCUUAAGUCCUGUCAUUACGGCAUGGAGCCCAGUUUCAGGUGAAUGUCGGCCUGGGAAAUUAAUUAAAUCGCAUUCAAAUGAUUGGCUACGUGCCAUUAUUAAUUCGAGCAUAAAUUAUUCCACAUGCCCUAAUUCCAAACGAUUUUACUCCCCCUCCGCCGCACAAUCUGUGGUCAAUCACUUGAUUGGCCGCUCACCGAAUGGAUCUGAAUGUUUAAUGCAACACGUAUUGGCACUUCCAAUUUAUGGCAAUUAAGUGAAAGUUCUAUAAUCGCCGAAGAAGGUGUUGCAGAAACGACUCUUGCAGCUCACCACAUCAAUUACUAACCUGGGCUAAUUGAGGUUGUGCGGCAGUUGUCAUUUUUCCAUGAGGAUUUGCAUUAGGAUCUUAGCUCGAAAUAGUUCGUGCAUCUAAAAUACGUCUUAAGCACCGUUCGCAGUGGAGCUUAAUCGAAUAAUAAUAAUCAAAGUUCUAAGAACAAAUUAAUUCAAUGUAUUUUGUUCAAAAAUAGGGGCACCAUUUCUAAAAAGACAAAAUGCACUAUUCCAAGACGAAUAAGCCUACGUAUGAAAAACUUCUACAUUAAAAAUAAAAUGUA